GGUCAGUGAGAGCUCUACCGCGGAAAGGCCUUAUCCUCACUGUUGGGACACUUCAGAACAAGAUGGCUGUCAAGAUUCGAUUGGCAAGGCUUGGGUGCCGAAACCACCCAUUCUAUCGUCUUGUCGUUGCUGACAGCAGGGCUAUGAGAGAUGGCAAGCACCUUGAAGUCCUGGGCUUCUAUGACCCACUGAAGGAGCAUGACAAUCCGAAGAAGAUGGCACUCAAAUAUGACCGAGCAAAGUACUGGUUAUCAGUCGGUGCGCAGCCUACAGAGCCAGCCCAACGCAUUUUGUUGAAGGCGGGGCUUGUGCAGCCACCAACUCCGGUGAUAAUGAACAAAAAAGGUGGGCCCCAACCCCCGACCGCUUGAUACCAACAACCGGUGCUUUACUUUUUGUGGAACAACCUAAUCCUUGAAGACAGGACUUUAGCGAGAAGUUGAAUCCACAAAAGGAAGUAAUGGCUUUUCUCUGUUCUGCAAUGUCUCUUAUUUUUUUCUUAGUAGAGAAUGUUUGUAGUAGUUGUUUAAUUUGCUUGUGAACUCGGCAUCUCUUAUUGUUGUACUUAUGAUGGUUUCCAUCUUUGGCGAGAACUCAUACUUGCCGCAAUCUUUUCUCAUUGGUAUAAGUUAAUUGUUCUGUGCCUAUUUUUCUUAUC